GUUUUUAGAUAUUAUUUCAAAAUUUCAAGCAGAUGGAUGCCGGUUCGACGUUUAUAUUCUUGUUUUGUUUUCACCGUUUCUGACUGGUUUCAUUCAUUUGAGACGCCAGUCAUUAUGUGCUGGUUUCUUCCCUUUUUCCGAAUGUUCUUCACGAAGUUGGAGAAACUUGACAACGAGGAUUUCUACGUUUAUGCUAAUAAAAUAAAGUUUGGAUUCUCCGAAAAGUCGAAUGGUAUCCAACUUCCUCCUAUCGAAAGACCAUCAAAGUUUGACAAAGUCCCAGUGGAAGUUAUCGCGAAAAUUGCCAGCACGCUUUCUCACAAUGAUUUGGCAAAUCUUCGGCAGGCUUCAAAGGGCAUGAAUAGUGUUUACAUUCAAUUCAGAAAUCAGCUAAAAGGGCCAGAAGUUCAUGUAUUCCUCAAUAUCGAGAACGGAACUAAAAUUGUGACUACUUAUCGAGGUCACAGACAAUGGAGAGGCGAGGCGAGACCUCUGACCAUCGAGAAAAGGAACAGUGUUCUGAGGAAUUCGGAUGUUACUUUGACUCUACGUUUUGGAGAGAAUAUGAUUACAAAGGAUACAACGGCGGAAAUUCUGAAGAUUUUCAACAAAUCAAACAUUCAACGAGUUCAACUCAGAGCAGAAACAGUUUCUCAACAGACAAAGGACUUGAUCAAUUCCCUGGAAUGUAUGAAUGUCGAGUUGAAUAUUGGAAAAUUUGAUGAAAUGGUGGCAACAGUGAAUAACAUCAAGGAUUUGAGAAUCCGUCAACAACUACUUUUUUUCCAAUUGAUCACAAUCUUCCGUCUGAACAUUGCCAGGAUCAACGCAAGUGUCACAGCUGCAUCACUUCCAUUGAUUGUAGAAUGUAUCAAUGAAUGGAGAGCAAGUCGGCGUGAAAUUCACGGUUGGUUCUUUAAGGUUCCACUUGUCGAUAUUGUUCGGGAUUGGAAUGAAGCUGAAAUCGAUUGGAGAAGAACAAUCACUCAAAGGAUCGAUGGAACGUCUCGUCUUCUGAUGAAUCGAAGAACCGAGCCUCUUGAAACUGGAAAUUUGACCAGUUAUCAAACUGUUAGCUGGAUUUUGGCCUAGAUAUUCAGAAUUUCCAAUCACAUUGUAACUUUUAUUGUAGCUUUGUCAUCUUAUCAUAUUCAUCUGUACCCUCACAAUCUAACAAUUUGUAUUCAUUCUCUCAUUUUCUUUCACCUAUUUCAUUUCAUAUCAAACUCCAAAGUGUGAUGUUGCCAAGCAAACUUAUCGUGUAUUAUUAGUAAAAAACGGUGUUUUUAUUAUUUGAAGGUAUUUAUGAUUAUGCUUAUAAAGUUUUAAAUCAAUUUUGGUCUAGAAAGACUGUUUCUUCCUGGAUUUCAUUUGUAGCUUCAUAGGUUGUUUGAGCAGUAUGAGCAUUUGAGCUCUUAGAGAAUAAAGAGAUCAUGAAGAAAA